ACAUAGUCAUAAGCCAGUAAAAAUGUCGGAUUUCAAGAGGUUAAAUACGAAGAUUUUAAAAAAAAGUGGUCCUGUUAUAACCCAGGACCAUAUUUAUUGGAAAAAAAUAGGAGUACCAGUGUUAAUAAAAGAAUUUGGCCCUAUUGACUAUAUAGAUUUUUCGCCUAUAGAACCUCAUUAUUUUGCAGUAACUUGUUCGGUCCGCGUGCAGGUCUAUAAUCCCAUUACUAAACUCGUAGUAAAGAAUUUGUCCAGAUUUCGAGAAAAUGCUUAUGGAGCAGUGUUCAGAUCAGACGGUCGGUUAAUUUGUGCAGGAGGAGAGGAGACCAAUGUGAAGUUGUUUGAUGUUUCCACAAAAAGCUUACUGAGGUUAUUUAAAGGACAUACAGCCCCAGUUCACAGAACGGUUUUUAUGCACGGGAAACCUCAGAUAGGUUCGUUUUCCGAUGAUAAAAGUGUAAAAAUCUGGGAUAUACCAACAGAGAAAAAUAUUAGCACAUUUACGGGACAUACAGAUUACAUUAGGGCUGGUGCGACUUGCUCUGCUGCACCUGAUAUAGUACUCUCGGGUGGCUAUGAUAAUAUCGUUAAAAUGUACGAUACUCGUACAGAAACAGAAAUAGCUUCCGUUAAUCACGGUAGUCCAGUUGAAUCCCUAUUAUUUUUACCAUCAGGAGGUAUAUUUUUAUCAGCGGGUGGCACGGAAAUAAAAAUUUGGGAUGCAGCAGCAGGUGCGAAACUUCUAGGAAGUAUUUCACAGCACCACAAAACCAUAACCUGCCUUAGGCUCGCCUCAAACAAUAAAAGGUUGUUGUCCGGUAGCUUGGACAGGCACGUGAAAAUUUAUGAUGUGGCGACAUUUAAAACGAUUCACACAUUGGACUUCCCCAACGCUAUACUAAGUUUAGGGGUAUCGAAGAAUGACGACACUUUGGUGGCAGGUUUGGUCGACGGUUUGGUGUCUAUCUGUAGAAGGGAAGAAGAAGGAGAGAAGAAAACCCAGAAAAAAGUUUCCGCUUAUCAGUUCGCGUCGCAUUCACAUUCUGCUACUGUAGACACCAUAGUUCCCGAAUUGAAACACGAUAAGGAAGCCAAACACGAUCACCAUUUAAGGAAGUUUGAAUAUACGAAGGCUUUAGAUUGCGUUUUGUUACCUUACGUUGUAAAAAAGCACCCUCACGUUACAGUUUCCGUGAUGCAAGAGUUAAUACGGAGGAGGGCGUUACACAAAGCAUUCAGGGGGAGGGAUACAAAGUCCCUGAUUCAGAUAUUAAGGUUUUUCGUACGUAACCUAGCCGAUUAUCGGUUCACGAGGGUGCUUAUAGACGCGGCAAAUAUUUUUAUCGAUACGUACGAGGAUAGCGUUAUGUCGCUGCCGCCAGAAGUAGGGAAAUUGUUCGUGGACUUGGUUCAGUUGCUCAAUCAAGAGAUGGAGCUUUCUAAUGAUCUGGCCGAGUUGCAAGGUAUGAUGAGUAUGUUGCUGGCCAGUCAGGUAACGACGGAAGAAAUCGAUAGAAGCAGUUUGGGAACUAAUGAUUUACAACCUAGUGCCGAUGCUCAGAAGAAUCUGGUGGUUACGCUGUCUUAAAAUGACAAAAUGUGCGAAUAAAAUUUGUUAUUUAUGAAAAUAAAUGUUUCUUAUAUUUUUA